AUGGGGGACGUGGCCAAAGGGAAAAAGGUGUUUGUAUUAAAAUGUGCCCAGUGUCACACUGUGGACGAAGGUGGAAAACACAAAGUGGGUCCAAACCUGUGGGGUCUGUUUGGCAGGAAGACAGGACAGGCGCCGGGCUAUUCUUACACACAAGCAAAUAUCGACAAAGGGAUUAUUUGGAGUGAAGAGACUUUGAUGGUCUACCUUGAAAACCCAAAGAAGUAUAUUCCCGGAACCAAGAUGAUCUUUGCCGGUCUGAGAAAGAAGAGAGAGCGGCUGGAUAUCAUAGCAUAUUUAAAGGAGGCCACCUCACCCAAAUAG